AUGACACUAGCUAUACCUAGAUGCUACAAACCAUCUGGUUUCAGUCAAAUACAAACAGUGGAACUCCAUAAUUUCUCUGAUGCCUCCUUAGGAGGUUAUGGGGUUGCAUCUUACCUGCGGCUGAUAGAUACAAAUGGUACAAUUCAUUGCAGUUUGCUGAUGGGAAAGUCCAGGGUCGCUCCGCUCAAAGCCAUGACAGUACCGAGGCUUGAACUAACAGCAGCUACAGUUGCAGUUAAGGUCAGCAGACAAAUUCAAGAUGAAAUUCAACUCCCAAUCCAGAGAACCCUAUUUUGGACAGAUUCAACAAUAGUCAUCCAAUAUAUUCGCAACAUGGCAACACGAUUCCAAACCUUUGUCUCUAACCGCCUCCAGAUUAUUCACGAUGCUUCAUCUCCAUCACAAUGGUACCACGUCAGUUCAGAGUUCAAUCCAGCAGACCAUGCAUCACGAGGAAUAAAAUUGAAUGGUUCUAAUGAGGCAGCAAUAACCACAUGGUUCCAUGGUGCAGCAUUUCUAUGGCAACCUGAAUCAGAAUGGCCAGGCCAACCUACUGACCUACCAGAAAUUGAUCGUGAUGACAAAGAGCCGAGAAGGAAGGUCCAAGCAACAACCAUUACCCAGUGCAAUACAAUGGGUACAGAUGUUUGGAGUCGUUUGCUCCAACAAUACUCCUCUUGGUAUAAAUUACAAGUGAGUGUUGCAUGGCUCAUCCGGUUUAAGAUGUACUUGAGAAGAUCUGCCUUAUUGAAAAUAGGCCCGUUAACAGUUCAUGAACUUUCCAUUGCUACCACUGACAUUUGCAGAAUUGUCCAACGAAGUUCAUUUCCAAGAGAGUUUGCUUCACCGCAAAAGAUUCUGAGUGAGAAACCUGAUGCUGAAGGUUAUGUCAGUCCACUGCGAAAGUUAAACCCUAAAUUAGAAAAUGGAGUUCUACACGUCGGAGGACGACUAGUGAACGCACCCAUUAGUCAGCAAGCUAGACAUCCAAUUAUAUUACCUCACAAUCAUCAUGUGACUGAGUUGAUCGUUCAACAUUACCAUGAACAACAAGGACAUAUUGGCCCAAACCAAGUGUUGUCAGAGAUACGACAGAAGUUCUGGAUUGUUCAUGGACUAGCUACUGUAAAGCGUGUGAUGUAG